CGGGGCACGGCCCAUUUCUCCCCUGGCUUCGAGAAGUUUCUUCUCAGAUUUCUCCAAAUGAAUUUGUGCAUUUGUACAUUAUUUUUUUAAAUGCUUGCGCUAAUUCUCUGUGUGGGAAUGCUGCACCACAUCUCAGAGGCUGUCCCUGUGGAAAAACUAGCAGACAAGAAGAUUUGUGGUGAUGUGGAGUGCUCGUAUGCUCUCUCCAUGGCCACGGCCUUGGACGACUUCAUUGCUCCAGACUGCAGAUUCAUCAAUAUCAAGAAGGGUCAGAAGGUUUACGUGUAUUCUAAACUGGUACCAGAGGAGGGCGGUGGUGUCUUCUGGUCCGGCAGUGUGUACAGUGACCGCUAUGUGGACCAGAUGGGCAUCAUUGGAUACUUUCCUGCGCCUUUAGUGAAGGAGACACACACGUUUAGGGAGGACACGCGCCAGAUUCCGACAGCAAACAUGGAUUUCUUCUGUGCUUAA